UACUCUCAAGUCUAGUUAAUCCCACUGAGCUUUGUGUCUCAAACCAUAGCUGCUGAGAAGUACAAGGUGCUGCUUAUCAGUUAACAGCCAUGGCUCUUGGACUCCUUUUGUGGGUUUCCUGGAUCUGUUUUUUGCUAUUUGAUGGCAGUGCUGGAUUACCGGCUAUAAAAGGGUAUGGCUAUCCAUCUAAAGAUGACUCGCGUAACAUUGGUGACGAUGGAGACGAUGAAGGGUGGCUCUCUGGUUUGAGUGACUGGCAGGCUUCCAACAACCAACCAAGUUUCCCUGUGCACACAAGCUACAGCAAUCCCUCAGCUCUGCCAUCCCACCAAAACCUGCCUAACAAACCUAGUGUUCCUGAGGUGGACAGACUUGUUAAUGGUGCUGCAAGAGAUUGGGGCCUGGAAAACCCAAAGGAACCCAUUGUAUUUCCUUUAGGCCAAAACUACCUGCCAAGUUUUUCUGCGCAGCCUCAGCCGGGCCCUGUGCAGCCUCAGCCGGGCCCUGUGCAGCCUCAGCCGGGCCCUGUGCAGCCUCAGUCAACAUCACUUGGUGUUGCUUCUGUAAACAGCAUGCCUGCUGCUCCAGCUGGUGGCUCCAGUCUUUAUGCAAGUCCGGCUUCAAACUACAAGCCUGCCCCGUCCACCUCGCAAGCUGCAAUGUCUCCCAACGUUGAGUCUUGGGCGCCCCAGCCAGUUGACCGCGGCUAUGGUGUGUCUGCAAACCAGGGCUUUACCUCUAACUCGAAUAACGCUCCCCAUCGUGUCUAUGAGGAAGUCUUUCAUUAUCCAUCUGAUAACACAGGGUCUUCCAGUUCUGGAGGGUCCAGCCAAGCUAAUUACAUCGGCAAAGAGUCUGCCUCCAAGCUAGCAAGACCCUCCUUUCCCAGGUUCCCAACUAAUGUAGGCCCCCAACCUGUCUUUCCUCCUGGACUAGGCCUUAAAUUUGGUAAAACAGCUUUCUGGCCACAUAAGAUCUUUCAGCAGCCAAAAAAACCAGUUGUCAACACCCAAAAAGUUCUGGUUACCCAGAGAGUGAGUGAACCAGUCCUUCCUCCCUUACCUCCCUCAAGCUACAUUGUCCAGUCCAGAAACGGCUACCAGCGAACCGGGAAUCUCAUCAGUCACUCAAAGUACACACCAGAAUUUGCCCCGCCAAUGCCUGUAAGCUCAAAGGGUGUCAAGGGUCAACCAGCUGCUCCUAAAGGUGUAAAGAACCCUCAAAGGAUGAAGCAUCACUAGUUGUAAGUGUGCGUCCCAGUUGCAGAAUGUUGUGCCCUCUGAAGAAAUAAAAAAACUUUUACAGUUCAA